UCUCUGCUACUUCCCACCUUAGGACUUCUUAGCUCCUGGAAUGCGAGAGAGGCUCAGGGAGUUCCCGGAGUGGGGCGUAGAGGGAGCCACUGGUGGGGACCUUUCUAGGGUCCCUUUCCCUUCGUGGGGUGCUAUGGAGUUUCCAGAACACAGCCAGCAACUGCUUCAGAGCCUCCGGGAGCAGCGGUCCCAGGGUUUCCUUUGUGACUGCACGGUGGUGGUGGGUAGCAGCCAGUUCUUGGCCCACCGGGCUGUGCUGGCCUCUUGCAGCCCAUUUUUCCAGCUUUUCUACAAAGAGAGGGAACUGGACAAGAGGGAUCUUGUGUGUAUCCACAACGAGAUUGUCACUGCCCCAGCCUUUGGGCUGCUUCUGGACUUUAUGUAUGCCGGCCAGCUGGUCCUGAGGGGGGAUACCCCUGUGGAGGAUGUCCUGGCAGCUGCCAGCUACUUGCACAUGAAUGACAUCGUCAAGGUGUGUAAGCGGCGGCUGCAAGCUCGGGCCCUGGCAGAGGCGGACAGUACCAAGAAGGAGGAGGAAGCCAACUCACAGCCCUCUAACUUGGAGUUUUUGUCCAGCACUUCCCGUGGCCCUCAGCCUUCGUUGCCAUCUGCGGAGACAUCAGGCCACUGGGGCAAAGACGAAUGGAAAGGAUCAGCUGCUCCCUCACCUACUGUCUGUCCUCCAGAUGAGCCACCAGUUCCGGCUGGGGCUGACACUACACAGCCUGGUGUGGAGGUUGACUCACUGCACCUUCGGGCACCUCCUCCACCAGUGGCUGAUGUCUCUCUUGCCAGCCCCAGUAGCUCCACAGAGACCAAUACUGCAAAUUAUUUCUCUUCCGGCCUCCCAACCGUUUCAGUGGAGCCACUGGCUCCCCUUGAUGUGGCUUCUGAGAGUCUGAGGAUGGUGGAACCAAGGGAUACUGGAGGACAGUUGCAAGGCUUCUAUCCCCCAGCUGCAGCUGCAGCCCCAGUUCCAUCCCAGGCUGCAGCCCCAGUUCCAUCCCAGGCUCCAGCCCCAGCGGAAGCUGAACUGGUCCAGGUGAAAGUAGAAGCUAUUGUGAUUUCCGACGAGGAGACUGAUGUGUCAGAGGAACAGCCUCGGGGUCCUGAGGGACUGUUCCCACCUGGAGGAGCAAUGUAUGGUGGACAGCCCCCCCAGCCAGAGGCUUUUGAGGGGCCCAGGGCUGCAGGACUGGAGGAAGUGGGGCCAAGUGACCACUUCCUGCCCCCAGAUCCUCACCUACCCUACCAUUUGCUGCCAGGUCCAGGGCAGUAUCACCGAGGACUGGUGACCUCACCUCUGCCUGCUCCGCCUGCCCUACAUGAACCACUAUACCUGCCUUCUGAGUAUGAAGCGGCCCCAGGAGGCUUUGGAGUUUUUACUGAGGAUGUGCCCACUUGCAAGACAUGUGGGAAGACCUUCUCAUGCUCUUACACAUUACGGCGCCAUGCCACCGUGCACACGCGGGAGCGACCCUACGAGUGCCGCUACUGCCUGCGCAGCUACACGCAGUCAGGGGACCUGUACCGCCACAUCCGCAAGGCUCACAAUGAGGACCUGGCCAAACGCAGCAAACCAGAUCCAGAGGCAGGCCCCCUCCUAGGAGCGCAGCCCCUCCCUGGCUCACCGACAGCAGAUAGACAGAACAACGGUGGUGGAGGGCCACCCAAAGAUUUUGUACUUGGCCCCAAAAACUAACACCUGGGGAGCAUGUGCUGAUGCUAGACCUGCUCUUGCCAUUGUUAGGGGGCAGCACCGAAGGUUGGAAGCAUCUCACUUCCCCUGCUGGGGACAAAAUGAAGAUUGUGCCCAGGCCGAAGUUUUCUUUUCUUUUCCCAGCCAGGUAGCAGGACUUUAUGGGGCAUUGCAUCUCAGUCACUUCCUCGCCAAGGGCACUGGGAAUUUUCCUGAGGUGUAAUCGCUUCUCACUCUGCUUUCUGGACCAUAAAGCUAUCAGUGAAAGUA